GCGUGCGGUACCCUGUGUUGUGUGCCACAAUGGCUGCUGUCGCCGGCCGGCGUGCGGAUGACGCCAUCCUCGAGACGAUGACGCAGCAGCUGCUCCAGAUCUCUUCCGUCUUUCUCGUGCAGCAGAGCGAGCUGCAGCAGGUGCGUGAUCGGCUCAAGAAGGAGCUGGUGCGCGUCAACACAAUCUCCGAGGCGCUGACCUCCGCGGCGCAGCAGCAUCAGGACGCGGUGCUCACCGUGAUUCAAAACUACGAGAGCGUCGCGGCGGAGAGUGCUGGAGACGCCCUGGGACCCGUGGCCGCCACCUCUGCCGCCGCGGUCGCCGCCGGCACUGCGGCCUCCGUCUCCGAGGGCGGGCACAGAGCUCCUCCGCCUCCUCCGCCGCCGAUGCAGAUGUCCGCACCGGGAGCUCCGCCGCCGCACCUGGACCAGGCGCUUGCGCGCCAGCAGUCGGUGAGGCAGGUGCACCUGCCUCCGGUCGCCAGCCAGCCCAGCGUCUUCACGCAGCUGCCCGCGCCGCCCGAUGAGGACGAGGACGAGGGGAUCCGGUACGUGGACAACCUCAAAGUGGUGGGGGGGCUCCUCGGCACGCCGCUCAAGGCGAGCGGCGAGUUCGUGGGGACACCGGAGGCGACGUGGUUCCGGCAGCGGAGCAGCCUCACCGGACGCGGCGAGGAUCGUUUCGUUCCGCUCGGCGCCGCGCAGGGGCUCGAGUACCUCCCGACCGCCGACGAUGUGGGCGCGGUGCUGCGGCUCGAGUGCGUGGGGCCGUACGGUGGCAAGCCCGUGGCGGUGGAGACGAGCCCGAUCGCACUCGACCCGCCGACACACGCCGAGCUCGAGGCAUUCUUG